UCUCUCAAAUCAGGCGUAGCAAAGUGUUCAAGCCCAAAAUAUACCGCCUGUUUAAGGUCUAACUGUAACUUUUAGAUGCCUGCACUUAAGUAGCGUUUUCAUAGAUUUGAGGUUAUGUGUGGCGCGUUGUGAAAAUGAAGAAUGUUCUGCUUUACUGUUUAUUUCCUUUUGUGCACUUCCAACUGACGGCGCAACUUACGACAGAUAUUGAAGUUGUAAAAGUCGGUGUGAUAUUCUUCUAUAAUGAAAUGGAACUGGUCAAUGCUUUUGAUACGGCAAUACGUGACAUCAAUGAACUGGAAGUGAAUGUGCGCCUGGAGCCAUUGAAACAUUUCGUCAGCUAUGAUGAUAGUCUUACGCUGCAGGAAAUGGCAUGCGAUUUGAUCGGCAAUGGCGCUGCCGCUAUAUUUGGCCCAAGUUCAAAGGCUAGCAGUGAUAUUGUCGACGUUAUUUGUAAUGCCACCGGUAUCCCACAUUUACAGUUCGAUUGGCAUGUACAGGAAACCGAACACCACAGACGCAAUCAUCAGUUGACUGUGAAUGUGGCACCUACGGAGCAAAUGCUUUCAGUCGCUAUUUUGGAUAUUAUGAAGAACCUGAAUUGGAAAUCUUUUUCGAUCGUCUACGAGAACAGUCGAAGUUUGACUCGCAUGCAACUUUUAUUCGGCUGGCGGCAACUUCAUAAAAGUGGCAUAAAACUAUGGAAAUUCGAACGUGGCGAUGAUUAUCGCAUACUUUGGAAAUUCAUCAACAAUGCGCGUGAAAAGUAUGUGAUAUUAGAUUGCCCCGCCGACAUGCUCACCGAAGUGAUCAAUGCGUCCAUAUACUAUAAUAUGACGGGACAAUUUAAUCAAUGGUUUCUCACGAGUCUGGAUACUCAUGCAACCAAUUUACGCUCUCUAUACUCUCCCACAUUUCUUGCCGUCAUGGUUGCCAUGCGUAUGCGUCCUUAUAAGCCACCUCCAGUGCACGAUGAAGCGGACUUUUUCGAUAAAGAACAGUUCGAACAGAUAAUAACUACUCAUAGUAAAUUGCUGUACGAUGCUGUGGUUUUAUAUUUUAAUGCUGUACGACAACUAAUUCACAGUUCACAUUAUCAAGAGCCUAGAGUGCGUUGUCAACGAGGGUAUUGGCGCACGGGGCUGAAGAUUUUAGAUCAAAUGAAACUUCUCACGUCGCGCAACGUAACUCCGCCCUAUAAGACGCAAAAAAUGCAACUAAAUGAAAAUGGAGAACGCGACGAAUUCAACUUGGAAUUGUACAAGCCGAUGGUGGAACGUGUAACACAUGUCUGGAAUAAAAAUAGAAAAUUGGUUGAAGAGAAAAUAAAUUUGCGGAAGCAUGUAGACAAAGAAAUAGAAGAUUUUACGCCUAAGCGCGCAAAGUACACAGUGGCCACACGUAUUGGCGAACCUUAUUUUAUGUGGCGCCCCGAACCGGAGGGCACUCACUAUGAAGGCAAUGAACGUUUCGAGGGCUACGCUGUGGAUCUGAUCUAUAGCUUGGCGCUGGAGUGCAAGUUUGAUUUUGUCUUUGAGCCAGUGCCCGAUAAUAAUUAUGGUAGUCACAAUCCAGAAACGGAUGAGUGGAAUGGAAUUAUACGGGCGCUGAUCGAUAAUAGUGCGCAGAUAGGCAUUUGCGAUUUGACCAUUACGCAGGCGCGUCGCAGUGUGGUGGAUUUUACAGUGCCCUUCAUGCAACUGGGCGUUAGUAUAUUAUUUUACAAAGAACAACCUCCACCAGAGGCCCUUUUCGGGUUUCUUGAGCCAUACUCCCCUGAGGUUUGGAUCAAUCUGCCAAUAGUUAUAAUACUAUCAGCAUUGGUUUUAGUAGUGUUAGGACGCAUUUCCAAAUCAGAGUGGAGAAGCCCAAUUGCGCACGAACGCGAUCCCGUCGAAGUGGAAAAUAUUUGGAAUUUAGCCAACACUCUUUGGCUGAAUGUGGGUUCGCUUUUGUGUCAGGGUUGUGAUUUAAUGCCAAGAGGUCCCGCUCUACGCAUACUCACCGCUUUCUGGUGGUUUUUUGCACUCUUAAUUUCUCAAACGUAUAUUGCCAAUUUGUCUGCCUACAUAACCAGCUCGAAGAUGGGGCGUUCUAUAUCGAAUUUACAUGAUCUCAUCGAACAGGAUAAGGUACAAUUUGGCAUGCUGAAGGGUGGCAGUACGUCGUUUCUUUUCUCCGAAUCGAAUGAGUCGGAAUAUCGAAGGGCUUGGAAUAAGAUGUGCGCCAUGAAACCGAGUGCCUUCACAACGAACAAUAAAGAGGGUGUGGAUCGCGUGAAGCGCAGUCGUGGUCGGUAUGCCUACCUUUUGGAGACCACUACACUGAAAUACUAUCUAAAUCGUAAUUGUGAGUUGAAGCAGAUCGGUGAAGCUUUCGAUGAGAAGCAUUACGGCAUUGCUGUGCCAUUGAAUUCUCCCUAUCGGUCUAAUUUGAGUGUGGGCAUAUUGAAACUCAGCGAAAAGGGCGAGUUGUAUAAAUUGAAAAGGAAAUGGUUCACAAAUAAUGGCUCAGAUUGCGAUGCUAAUUUUGUAAAAAAAUCCGAUGACCAGUAUACCUUCGAAAAGACACGUGGCUUGUUUUUAGUAUUACUCUGUGGCGUUCUGCUGUCCAUUUUAAUUGCUAUAUUCGAAUUUCUAUGGAACGUUGAACAGAUUUCAGUGCGAGAAAAGCUGCCACCCUCGGUCGUUUUUAAGGCUGAAGUUAAAUUUUUGCUCCGCUUCUGGCAAACUCGCAAACCUUUGCGCACGUAUGUGGAGAGUCGUGACUCAACAUCGACGGGUUAUUCCUCUUUUGAUGAAACUGCAAGUAGUUCGACAGUAAAGACGAAGAAGAAGAAAUCUAAGAAGAAAAAUCACAGGAAAUAAUAGUGAAG